GCGUUUCUGUUGAAUUGUCACGUCAUAACUAUAUAGUGUUAUCACCAUACAGUCUAUGGUUAUCACCAGCAAAUGUACGGUACUUAAAAUGUUUAUGUCAAAGGAUAAAUUAAACCAAUAUAUUAUGUGAAUGUAGAUAUACAACUAGCUAAAAAUUAGCCGUAUAUGAUCAAAACAAAAUGAAAGUUUAUGUUACAUCAUGACACGUAAAUAAAUGUGAUUGUAUAUUUGCAGGUAAUCUUAAAACUUAUCAUGAUCCCUGUCGUGCAUCGACUUCUUUUGUUCCGCCGAGAAUUACCGAAACAACGAACAGGUCUGGCGCAGCUCAGGGGCUUUACAUUUACACAGAGGAAGACCUCCUUCGGUUUUGUGCGAAGUGCAAACUUAGUCACUCCUAAAACAAAAACCAUUUUCAGUGAUAUGUCUAAAAGGGGAGGAAAUCUAACGUCUUCAUGCUCAAGAUGCUUGUCAAGUUCUGCGGAUGCACCAUCUCGGGUGAAGAGAGUUUCUAUCGAGGGAAACAUUGCUGUUGGAAAGUCGACCUUAGCGAAACUCUUGCAAUCUGCUUGUCCAGACUGGAAUUUGGUGUUGGAGCCUGUUGGGAAGUGGCAGAACAUUCAGAGUACCUCAAAGGGGAGUGAUGCAGCCCCGCAGACAGCAGUCAGUAACUUGCUGGAGAUGAUGUACCAGGACCCGAAGCGCUGGUCGUAUACCUUUCAGACAUAUUCCUGUAUGAGCCGGCUGAGAACACAGUUGCAGCCCCCUCCGACUCGUCUGCUCAACUUAAAAGGAACACCUGUCCAGGUGUAUGAGCGCUCAGUUUAUAGUGACAGAUACAUCUUUGCUUUAAAUAUGUUUGAGCUGGGUUGUAUCAACGCUACAGAGUGGGCAGUGUACCAAGACUGGCAUUCCCUUCUGGUGGAGCAGUUUGGACCCCAGGUGGAGCUGGAGGGCAUCAUUUAUCUCAGAGCCUCACCCAAGAAGUGUAUGGAGCGUUUGAAGUGUCGGGGAAGGUCAGAAGAGAAAGAAGUCAAACUGGAUUAUCUGGAGAAACUGCAUGUUCAGCAUGAGAGGUGGCUGGUCGAGAAAAGCACAGAGAUACAUUUUGAGAAGUUGAAAAAGAUACCGGUCUUACAGCUCGAUGCUAGCUUGGAGUUCAAGAGUGAUUUAGAGGUGCAGGAGCAGUUUAUUACAAAGGUGAAGAACUUCUUUAAUGCUUUAUGAGCAGCCAUCAACAGCAGGAAAGAGAUGAAACCAGCUGGACCUCAAUCAAGUGUGUUAACUGACAUGUAAAUACACCUGAGCCUCUUAGAAUGAAGUAAAUACAGAGUAAAAGAAAAAAAACGUUUUGUCUGUAAGCUGCAUUCUCUAAAGGACCACACUGCUUGAAAUGCACAGAUUGAUUUUGGUUGUACUUUUAGAGUUUUUGUUUUUUGUGCACAUUUCUGGUAACACGUUACUGUUCUGUUGAUUCCUUAUUGAACUCUGCAGAAGUUUUUCUUAUAGACAAUUAUUCACAUACCUGAGUGACUUUUACAUAGAGGAAUCUGGUGGUUUUAUAUUUCCUAUAAAUUAUAAGCUAAAUAUGUACAAUGAACAGUUGUCAAAAAGGUUUACUGAUGGUCACGGUUUUGUGUAUGUAUAGUGUUUUCUAUUUUCCUAACUAGCUGGAACAAGGAACUUGGUAUUUGUUGUAGCUUCUUAAUGAAUAAAGACGUGUUUUCAAAUGA